UCUCCUUCCUUCCUUAUCUCUUGGAAAGACAAAAAAAUGAAUCGUGUGAUCUUCUUCCUCCUCACAGCAGCCGCUCUACUCGUCGCCAUCACGGGCCACGUAUCAGAAGACGGUUUCGAUAACCCGAUCAUCAGGCAAGUCGUCCCGGAAGAAAACGAUGAGCAGCUGCUCAACGCGGAGCACCACUUCUCUCUCUUCAAGUCCAAGUACGACAAGACCUACGCGACUCAGGCGGAGCACGACCGUCGCUUCCGCGUCUUCGAGGCUAAUCUACGUAGAGCCAGGCGUCACCAGCUGCUCGAUCCGUCGGCCGUCCACGGCGUAACGCAGUUCUCAGAUCUUACUCCGAAGGAGUUCCGCCGCAAGCACCUAGGCCUGAAACGGAAGCUCCGUCUUCCAAAAGACGCUCAGAAGGCGCCGAUCCUUCCGACCAGCGACCUCCCGACGGAUUUCGAUUGGCGUGACCAAGGAGCCGUCACUCCCGUUAAAAACCAGGGUUCGUGCGGAUCGUGCUGGUCGUUUAGCGCAACAGGAGCUCUUGAAGGAGCACAUUUUCUGGCGACUAAAGAGCUUGUUAGCCUCAGCGAACAGCAGCUCGUGGAUUGCGACCAUGAGUGUGAUCCAGAAGAGGCCAACUCAUGUGACUCUGGUUGCAAUGGAGGACUAAUGAACAACGCUUUUGAGUACACUCUUAAAGCUGGUGGCCUUAUGAAAGAAGCAGACUAUCCUUAUACAGGACAUGACAAUUCCGGCUGCAAGUUCGACAAGAGCAUGAUCGCCGCAAGAGUGUCUAAUUUCAGCGUUGUCUCUGCGGAUGAAGAUCAAAUCGCUGCAAAUCUAGUCCACCACGGUCCUCUUGCUAUUGCUAUCAAUGCAAUGUGGAUGCAAACUUACAUAGGAGGAGUCUCGUGCCCGUAUGUAUGUUCUAAGAGCCAAGACCAUGGAGUGCUCUUGGUUGGGUUUGGCUCGUCGGGUUAUGCACCAAUCCGUCUCAAGGAGAAGCCUUACUGGAUCAUAAAGAACUCAUGGGGAGAGACGUGGGGCGAGCAUGGUUACUACAAAAUCUGCAGGGGACGUCAUAACAUCUGUGGUAUGGACACAAUGGUAUCUACUGUUGCUGCUGUUCAUACCUCAACUCAGUAGAACUAUUAGGACACUACUGGGUUUUACCUGUCCUUGUGUGUAUAUUAUAUAUAUAUGUGUAUCUGAAUAACAACUAUGGACUGUUAUUUUUAGUAUUAUCGUCAAUUUGUUUCAGUUUUAAUGUAAAAUAUAGCCUUGGGGUGUCGUUAUCCUUGUAGCAUCGAAUGCUAAAGAAAAGUGAUAUGAUGAUCAGUUUAUAAGUAUGUAAUAAUGGAAGUUUUACAUUA